AUUAUAUUUCCGAACGCAAUCAGUUCGUAAACGUUAUGUCAAGUACAAUGUGACGGGUAUUUCGUGUUUUGCCUAAAUGUAAUUUACUUGUUGAUUUAACAGUAAUAAUUGUGAGAAAAGUGAGUGAAUUGUUGUGUAAAUUCCCGCCAGACAGUUAUGUUAUAGUUCUAUCAGUGUCCAGUAAUAUCCUGACUGCAGAAUUCGCGAGAAAAGCCGCUAACUAAACAGGUAUUAGGAACAGCAUCACCAGACCCAGUCUUAUCAUAACCGGCGGCUGGAGACGCGAUGGAGGACGAGGUGACGUUCAUGUUCCAGCUGGGAGUGCUCCGGGACGCGGUCUCGGCGCCAGCGCAUCUCCUCACGCUGGCACACCUCAAGGAGCUAGCAGUCAAAUUCGUCCACGAAAAGAUCCCGGACAAUGGUCUGAAUCGUCUAGCGGAUCGGAUCCUGUUGUUCAGACAUGACUACUGUUCGCCCAACGUUCUCCAACUCCUCAACUCCGGGACAGACGUCGUGGACGAGACCCUCGUGGAGAUCGUGCUCACAGCUAACCCGCUAAUAUGCGACGUCGGCACGGAGAGUUUGCCACUGAUGCGGCCCCACACGCUCGCCGUGCACUCGUACAAGGCGCCGACCUUCUGCGACUUCUGCGGGGAGAUGCUCUUCGGUCUCGUGCGACAAGGACUCAAGUGUGAAGGUUGCGGGUUGAACUACCACAAGCGUUGCGCGGUGAAGGUUCCGUCGAACUGCGCGUCGGCGUGCGCGGGCGGGGCGGCGGGCGGUGCGGGGGGCGCGGGCAGCACGCGGCGCCCCUCCGCCGCCGCCCCCCGCAGCCCGUCGCGCUCCUCCCAGCACAGCCACGCCUCGCACGACGACUCGCUGGUGGUAAACAAAAGAAGCAAAUCCCCUUCUCGUGUGGUCUGGCCUCUGGGCCAAGGCAGCUCCCUCGGCAUUCCUCAUACCUUCGAAGUCCACACGUAUACCCGGCCUACGGUUUGUCGCCAUUGCAAGAAACUACUUCGAGGACUGUUCAAGCAAGGUCUUCAGUGUCGAGAUUGUCAUUACAAUGCGCACAGGAAGUGUCUGCCCUUCGUGCCUAAGGAUUGUGGAGGGGAGAUACGAGACCAGCACGGAGAAGCGGACAGCGGGACCGGCAGUGAGCUAUCGGAGACAGCGCCAUUGCUGGACGAGUCUGACGAGGAAGCAACUCCUGAUCACGCCGAUCGAAAUAGCGUGGAUGAGGAGGUACAACUACGAAGACAAAGGGAUGAGGAUUCGGAUGAACCGCAACGUGACACACUGCCGGAGCGUUCGGCGAGCCGACCCAGCAGUUCAUCGUCAUCACCCAGCGCGAACAUCCCGCUGAUGAGGAUAGUGCAGUCGGUGAAGCACACCAAGAAACGGGAGGGACAAUGGCUUAAGGAGGGCUGGCUUGUUCACUUUACUAAUAAGGAUAAGACGCUGAGACGUCACUACUGGCGCCUGGACAGCAAGUCGAUAACCCUGUUCACAUCGGACCAGGGCACCAAGUACUACAAGGAGAUACCGCUCAAUGAGAUCCUGGCGAUCGACACGGCCAGGCAGCCGCAGUCAGAGGUGAUGCACUGCUUCGAGCUGCGCACGGCCAACGUGGACUAUCUGGUGGGCGCGGAGGCAGGCCCGGGCGGCGCCGUGCCCUCCUCCGGCCUCGGCGCCUACCUCGCGCGCCCCUGGGAGACCGCUCUGCGUCACGCGCUCAUGCCCGUGACGCACCACACGCGUCACGCACAUCACGCGGUGGAUGGCGGGUCGGGGAGUAGCGGGGCCGAGGGCGGGGCUGAAGGCGGGGCUGCGGGGGCCGACGGCGGGGAGGGGGGCGCGGCCUGCGCGGAGGAGAGGGUGACGGAUAUGGCGCAGCUCUACCACAUCCACCCCGACGAGGUGCUGGGGUCUGGCCAGUUUGGAAUCGUAUACGGCGGCCUGCACCGGAGGACGGACAGACCUGUCGCCAUUAAAGUAAUAGAUAAACUCCGCUUCCCGACCAAACAAGAGGCGCAACUGAAGAAUGAAGUGGCCAUUCUUCAGAACCUGUCCCACCCCGGCGUCGUGAACCUCGAGAGGAUGUUCGAGACCCCGGAGCGGAUCUUCGUGGUGAUGGAGAAGCUGAAGGGGGACAUGCUGGAGAUGAUCCUCUCGCACGAGAGGGGAAGACUCACCGAGCGAAUCACCAAGUUCCUGGUCGCACAGAUCCUGGUGGCCCUGAAGCAUCUCCACGAGAAGAACAUCGUGCACUGCGACCUGAAGCCGGAGAACGUGCUGCUGUCCACGGACGACGAGUUCCCGCAAGUCAAGCUCUGCGACUUCGGGUUCGCGCGCAUCAUCGGCGAGAAGUCAUUCCGGAGAUCCGUCGUGGGGACGCCGGCCUACCUGGCUCCGGAAGUGUUGCGCAACAAGGGCUACAACCGCUCGCUCGACAUGUGGUCCGUGGGCGUCAUCAUCUACGUGUCGCUGUCCGGGACGUUCCCCUUCAACGAGGACGAGGACAUCAACGAGCAGAUACAGAACGCUGCCUUCAUGUACCCGCCCGCGCCCUGGAGGGAGAUCUCCGCCGAGGCAAUCGACCUCAUAAACAACCUGUUGCAAGUGAAGCAACGCAAGCGGCUGUCCGUGGACAAGUCCGUGUCCCACUGCUGGCUGCAGACGCGCGAGGCAUGGCAGGACCUGCGCGCCCUCGAGCGCCGAGUCGGCACCCGCUACCUCACGCACCCCAGCGACGACGCACGCUGGACACGCUGACCAUCAACCCCGGAGCCCCAGCGUGAGCGUCCUCGCUCCCGAGGUCUGCGGCUCCGCUGGAAGAAGCUCCUCAUCAGAGUGCGGUAGCUCCUCUCACCGCGCGGGGCGGGCCCCCGCCGACCCGCAAUAAACUGUAGAACACAAUUUAAGUGAUUUAAAAAUAAAUUAACAACUUAGGAUUAAGACUAUUUAAAUUAAUAUCAUACAACUCAUGAUGCUAUUCGCGGAGACACACGUUGAGUCGAUUCGUGCAAAUGGCCGCUUUUUGUCCAGUUGUUGUUUACAGCGUGGCUUAUUUUUGAUAAAUAUAUUUUGCUUUGUCUACCUGAAUUUAAUUCGGCAAGAAAUACAUUGGACGACUAACAUGGACGACUUUUACGGAGUCGACAGAUGCCGAUGUGACAUGUGUCAAGAGUGUCGUCUGUCAACAGUGACAUGUGUCAAGAGUGAUUUGUGUCAAACAUACUUCACACAAUUUGUCGGCAGUUAGUGCGCCAGGGUCGAUGUGCUGCUUAGUUGGACAGUUGUUAUAAACUAUUUACUUUUUGACAUUGUUUAUUUGUGUAAUUAUUGUUACACGUUCGUAGCUAAAUAAUGUGUGAAUUUGUUUAAUGUGAGAUUAUUAAUAUUAGUGUAUUAUACGGUCGCGGUCACAUUAAGAGUAUGUGAGAAUCAAUACACGCCAACCCAGAUAGUAGGCACACUAUUCUGUGAGCCCAAAUAAAUGUGUACUUUAGUACGCGCGUUGCAAACUCGUGUGGCCGCGACCAUUAGCGAUAAGUUUCCGAACUGCAUAAUACAAAACUAAUAAUAACAUUGUUCCUAAAACGUUAGUGAACUGUGAAGGUGUUGGCCCCUCACUUCAGUAAUACAACGGUCGAAGUUUUGUCGAGUUAAACUCCGACACGUUCAGCCCCGCCCCUCAGUGCAGACCGGGGGGCGGGGGGCGGUACCGCGAUGCGCUAUUACAGAAAUAAUGGUAUAAUUACAUAUGGAGUAUGAACCUGCGGAGCGGGCCUCCUUAGCGUUACGCGAAUACUUUGAAUUUUAUAAAUUUCAUAAAAUAAAAUUCAGAAUUUCAAAGACAUCAUAAUCGCCGCACCGAUCAGACUACAGACGCUGCAAACUGUGUAAUAGUAGUUUUAUCUUAAAUGUAAGCACGGGGGAACCAGAGAAUUUUAGUCAUUUAAAUGUUGUUAAAUGUUGUUAGUGAGUGUGGGGCGCUCGGCCCCCGCUGUCCGCGGCCUCAAUGUAAUGUAACGACAUAGUUCAUGUGUAGUGAUUAGACAGACACUUUACUUUAAACUAAUAAGAAAAGGUAUACAAUGCUAAGGAAGUAUACACAGCUUAGAUUUAUUUUUAGUGCUUUACACGAGCGAAGGUGCUCGCGACCCGCCCGAGACCGCCCAGGGCCCGUGGACUGCACCACGUGAUUGAGACAUUGGCUCUUCCUGUGUAGAUUCGGCUUACCCCUACAGAAUGAAUGUGAUAUCAUAUGUGGUAUAUUUGUGAAACCUCGCGUGUUUUCAUUGUGAAUUGCGUCUCACGAGGGGACUCCCCGAGUCCAACGCCGGUCGCAUCGGUCUACUGGGGGGGCCACUGGGUCCCCUGUGUGUGGCCGAAGGACCAUGGUUAACUUUUAUCGAUAAAAGGUUAAAAACAAUCGCGGCAAGUAGUUUCGUGCAUACAUGUGUAACACAUUCCGUCUAAUGAAAUUACACUCCCGGCACGCUCUGAUGGCCGUUUUGACAUUUGUCCUCUCAUGAAGUUUCGUAUUAAUAGUAAUUAAUUACAUUUGAACUAGCAUAUUGCUGUACUUUAUUGUCACUAGUGACGUGCAGCUAGUCAUAAAAUUGAUCUAAUGUAUUAUUUUAGGACACAAAAUUUAUUUAUAACAUUGAUUUCUAAACUAUACAUAUAUGUAUAUUAGGGUCCCGCGAACAUUUAUUUUUAUAAGAUUAUAAUUAUUGGUGUACUUAUUUACCAAACAACUCGGCAUUUGUUUUUCUAAAAUUCAAACUUAUAGAUUUCAUUAUAAUUUUUUCGAGAAAAAAUGACAUUUGACAUCGCUAUUGCAAUAUGUCAAAACGGCCAUCAUGGCGUGGCGACCGUGCGUGCGGUCCCGUGGCCCCGGUGGCGCCGACAGCUUCCAUUACUGUGAUCUUUUUAUAUCUUUUUUCUUUCUUUAAGAAAUUAUCUCUUAAGUAUUAAAAAUAUAUUUUUAUAAUUUUUUGGAUUGAUUAUUUUUAAUUUUAUUAAUAUAUUACUUCUUUUUAUUCUACAUACUUAAUAAGAUUUGUGACUUUUACAUGUUUUAUAUUUAAGAUUUUUAUAUGGAUGUUUUCAAUCAAUAUUAAAAUUUGUUUUAUAUGACAAUGACAACGCAAUUGACACUGCGAGGCGCGACGGCUACGUUUAAUAAUUUUAUCGUUCUUCCAAUAAAUUAAUGUUAUAUUUUUUAAGGGAUUUUAUGACCUGGUAACCAAGACCUUUAAGUCAUGUCUUAUUUUAAUUUAUAUUCUUAUUUUUAUGAAAAAUUAUAAUAUGAAAUGAAAUGAGGAUGAUUAAUUUGAGACAUUAAUCAACUGGGAUGAAAUUAAAUUAAAUGAGAUGAUAUGGGAUGAAAUAUAAUCUCAGCAAAAUGGUGGUCAUUUACUGAGAUUUUUUCAGUGGAUUUUUUGGAGGAUCCCGAGAAGUUACGUCCAGCGGCUUUGUUUCAUUUUCCCACAUUUGUGCACUUUCACAGAUAUUAAACAGUUAAUAAACAACUUCACUUCUCGCGUUCCCGCCAAAAAUUCCAUUAAUAUUAUAAAAUUGUAUUGUCUCGAUGAAACCCUCGACAAGGUUUCUUUUAAAACGUCACCAAGGAGUUUGUGGCCAAAAUAGUAACUACGGCGCCGCCAUGUCAACUGUCAUUGGUUGCUCAGCGCCAACACACAUGAAAAAUGUCAGAAACUCUUCGUUUACAUUAAUAAGAAUGAGCAUCGUUCUAAUAUAGGAUUCGGCACGUGUUGACAAGAGACUACACGUGUUAGUUCGCAUUUGAUGUAUCGUGCAGACUGCGGCACGUGCGGGCGAGCACGCAGUGCAGUGAGUGCGCCUCGAUCGAGUUGCGAAGUAGCGGUGAGGAACUGGAUGUAGCGCGCUCGAUUAAUGGUUGAUUGAUUACUUUGAUGUUAAAGUAAUGAACCUAAAUUUAAAAAGUAGUAUCGUAAUGAUAUGUAAACGUUGCUAGGUCACGCUGCCACGCAGCUACACGUGGAACUUCCGUUAAGUCUCCGCCCUUAUAGUCACAAUAAAAAUAGGUAAAUAUAUCGCACCUUUAGAAUUAUAGGAAUGCAUUCUUUUGGAAAACAUCGAAUAAAGUUUUCAAACCGUAAAAGCGUAGAGGAAGGGGACUGAGUGAAAGAGACCGACGGAUAAGUUUGUCCCUUUUUAUGCUACUUUUGGUUAUUUGAUUAUUAAGAGUCGCUGAAUAAGGUCGUUUUAGAUCCAUUUUUGAAUUGGAGACAUCAGUGGAUGAAGGGGAUAUGAUACAAUUUGUUAAUUUUGAGAAAACGGACAACAGACUUGUUACUUGUGAUUUUUAUUCGUACAUAACUCCUUCAUCACGUGCAAUUUCUAAAAAUAGCCGGAUUGAACACGGAGUUUUAAGGUCUAAUAUGUUUUAUAGACACAUAACACCUUUAUUCAAUGUAAAAAAAAACUUAAAAAUAAAUGGUACUUAAACCCUUCAUCCACGCAUGCCUUCAAUUUUAUUAAAGUCGAAAUCCAAAAAAAUCGUGAUGGGUCUCUAUAAAUCUAAAGGUGCGAUAUGAUACGUGACACCAGACUGAUUACUUGAACUGGACAAACCUACAUAUUAUGUCGUAAGGUAUGGCAUUGAUCGCAACGCGUGGGCCCCGCGCGAAAACAACUUGCCCUUUAAAUUACAGGUUAGAUUUCAAUAAUAUUAUGUAGAAAACUUUGUGUCAAAAUAUAAAAUAAAUGCCAAAUCAGAUUACUACACAGUGCUUUGCCUGUACAUAUUUUAAUAUCUCGAAUUUUACACAUCUAUACUAACUAAUAUAUAAAUCUACAGUGGUUGUUACGGAUGUUCCGUUAUAACUACUGAACAUGUAGAAAAUACAUGUGCUUACUGGAUAGGCUAAUAUUUAUAUGAGCGUUAGUCUCCCUACACCAGUUGCGGGGGCGUUAAAGAUGAGAAUCUUUGUGGGGGUUAGAAAUAAUAAUGUUAAUUUUAAAUGCCCAGCGAAGCGGACGGGUGCAGCUAGUAUAUAAUAUAGAUAGUCAAAAUAAUGAAGUCGUUGAGGUGACGUCACGUCUUGCGUCUUGAGCGCAUGCGGCCCGCGACGACCAGGGGGCGUUCAUCACAAUACUAAACUUUUAAGCAAAAUUAUCAUAACUAAAAAUCUAAUAUUAAUCUUUUCCUCUUAGAAAAUAACAACGUGUUAAUAAUAUAUAAUUGUUAUGUAGGUCUAACAUUGCAAUAACAAUAAUGAUUGACUCGGUGGUGCGGUAGUUACGGUCCCUAACUGCUGAGCCGAGGGGUCGUAGGUUCGAUUUCCGCAGCGGGCAAACAUUCGUCUGGUUAACAAGACGUGUUUCUUCUAUGUUUGGGUGUUUAAUGUAUAAAUACUUGAUAUACAUUACAACUCGUAUAGGUAUGUUUAUCAGAGUCAGUAGUUUCCGUGGAACAGGGAAUCCUCGUCCGGGACCAGGUUACCUGGUGUGACCUGGUCCCGUCUAUUGACAUAAUAAAUUGGCGGAUAUUACAUAAAGAAAUGACUCAAAUCAAAUUUAAAAAAAAUAUAUAUUUACAUUCCUCCUUGAAUCGUUCUUCUCAUUACUGAGGGUCGUGACUUUCCCACUGCAUAAACUCUCUUGUACGAUCGUCCUCCAUCUGCUGCGGUCCUUGGCCUCGUGGAUGGCAUCGUGGAGCUUGAUGUCCAGACAAGACCGAAUUGGUCCGACCAUCUCGUAGGACUGCGUCCUCUGAGACGUUUGCCAUCUAUCUUUCCCGUCAUUCUACAUUAAUGAGAUAUUAAAUAUUUACAUUAAUCAUUACGGUACGCAACGGUUUGGCUCUGCCCCAGGCAUCGCUGAAGUCCAUGGGCGACGGUAACCACGCACCAUCGGGUGGGUCGUAUGCUCGUCUGCCUAUAAGGGUAAUAAAAAAAAGAUAAUCGCACACAAUCUACACUUUCAUAACAAUAGGUAACACACGACGAAUGACACGAAGUCAAUAGAACUCUAAUGUUAUAAUAUUAAAUGUUAAACUCAUCUGUAACAUUUUUGGAGCUUACUCUUUAAGAACCGAUUUCGUUCAAAACACCCAUACGAAAAUAUGAUGAGCAGUAUUUUAUAGCGUUGUCAUAAUCUUUUUUUCAUUCAAAUAGAAAAAUAGACCUUAUUUCAUGAAGAUUAAACAUCAAAGUGUAUUGUAUCAAAUUGUCACGCCACGUCUAGUGACAGUUUUAAAAAUGUAUACUUGAUGUAUCUCUACUUUACUACAUAUUGAGUCAGUAAGAAUUAAAGUAGUGUUAAUAAUAUUAGUUCAAAAUCAUUUACUUUAACUAUGUUAAAAUCUGUUAUCGCCAUUAAUGCAAAAUAUCUAAAAAUAAAUAACUUGAAAAAUUAUGAAAAGUAUUUGCCCGCAAUAGACAUGUAACACAUGUAUUAUUUUUGUGACAUGAUUUAUUUAUUAUUUUAUCGAUUCAAUAUUAAUAGAUAUACACAGAACUUCACACGUGCUUUCAGUUUUAUAAUUGAUGCAAUUAUUUACCCCCUCUACUCAUUGUACAUUCAAUGAUAAUUGCACUUAAAGAGUAAACUCCAAUGACGCGUUGGAGCUGACACGCACAAGUGUUUUUCUCCUCUUCCUAAUUAAUUAUAUAAGUGUAACAAAGGAGCCUAAUUAUCUUAUACUUAUAAUCGGACCAAAACAUUGGUGUUAUAAAGUCACAAACAUUUUGUAAUAAAAUCAUCAGAAUUAUAUAAUUAUCAAUUAACUAUAAAAGUAGUAUUUUUAAGAGUUUAUAAAAAAGUAUCCCGUCUUUAUUAUUGGGCUAUGUAAUUUAAAAGAAAAUAGCAAAUUUAAAUGAAAUCUGAUGAUGCUUUCGCAUGUAGUAAUGUCAAACCGGUUCAAACUACCCCAUAACUACCCUAAACAUUGACAUAACAAUAAUUACGGGAUAAUUCAAUGUCAUUACGACUAAAAUAAAUUAAUGUUUAUCUUAUAGUUACGUUUGCUUGUAUUUUGUACUGUUCACAUUAAUUUAAAUUUGAAAUAAAAUCUUAAAGCGAUUAAUGUAAUUAACCAAGAGGGCUUAACCUGUGAUCAUUUCGAAAUUAAAAUUAGUAGAUACGCUACUAAAUGAACAAAUAAAAUAUUUGUAAAAAUCUUGUUAAUUUUUCUUUGAGCACCGAUUUGAGACACCCAGCGGUUCAGACACGAAGUCAUAAGUACAUGGGACAAACAAACGUAAUAAAAGAUGUGUGGUGUCAUAGGGCACCGGAUAGGAACGAAGUUCCUGAUUAUAAAAAUAUUAAUUUUAAGUUCUAUUCGAGGUAUAAAGAAAAUAAUUAUUCGGGUAUACAUUUUGUAUUGUGAUUUUUUUAUUGAUAAACAAAACUACUUUACGAAGUUAUCAACUUUAUUUUAUUCACAAUGAUUUAUAAAAAAUAUGUAAUAAUAAUAUACAAAAAACAGCUAUUUAUAUGAAUAAUAAUAAUAGCUAUCAUACUAAGACUAUACAUAAAUAAUAAAAAUCUUACGUUACGGACGUUUUUUCCCGGUUAGGGUACCCCUCCGCAUCGUCCCAUAAGGAACUUCGUUCCAAUAAUUCCUGUCCUAGUGAAACCGGAAAGGCCGCAGUGUCACCAGUAAUCCUUCAAUCGUAAAAAAAGUAAUAUAACUGUUGAUGUUGUAUACAUAUGUAUGUGUUAUUGUUCGAUUAUUAAUUAAACGAUGUUUUGAAAA